GUCUACAUUAUCACACCAAAAGUUGAAGAUUAAUCUUAAAGUGGAAUUAUUUGUGUAAAAUUCAGUAAAAUUAUGAAAAGUGCUUGAAACUCAUUGAAUUCUGUUCUAAGCAACACCUACAAAUUAACUAUUCCAUUUAUAUAUUAAUAAUAAGGCUGCAUUUAUUUACAAUACUGGAACUGCAACAAUUAAAAAUUCAAUUCUAUUUUGAAUAGCCAAAAAAGUGUGAAGGGUUCAAGUCUGCAGUAAUAGAAACCGUCAUUUCCUUCAUGUCCCGUUCAUUUUUCAUUUCCACUCCAAAAUUUACCAAAACUUUGCUCAUCGUGGUUUAACGACCAAUCUAGAGCAGAAAAUCCAAAUCAUCUAGAUAUAACUCACUUACCAGAACAAUCGAUUUCGGGCACAUCGAGAAGAUAUCAAAGAAAGAUGCCGUUUCGAAGGAAAAAUUGGUGCGGCUGUAUUCAACUCAAUAAUGAUCAAAAACCUGAGAUAUGUGUCGUCGAGGGUGUCCUAUCUCUUGAAAAUAUUACACCAACACAGCCUAUGCCGUCAUCGGAGGAACUCGAAGAAAAGUUUAUUGAGUUGGUUGAAGAAUUAGAUCUAUCAGAGGCCAAUAAAAAGCAAAUGAUGAGUUUACCAAGCGUGAAGAAAUGGCAAAUCUAUUGCAGUCGAAAAAUUCCCAUUGAAUCAGUUGAAUCCCCUGAUGGAAUAACAUCAUCAAUAUCGAAUGUAGAAAAAACACCAUUGUUUUAUGUGGAGAAGUUACGCGAGAUUGCAAUGCAAUUGAAAAUUUCAAGUGAUGAUUCUCCAAAACAUAAUGAGUUUCAAGUCAAAAUUGAACAACACACAGUAUUAUGUGAUGCUCUAAAAACUUCGUUACGAACAUCAACGCAUAGUUUUGUAUUGAAAUUUAUAGAAUGUCAAGGACUUCCAUCCUUACUGAAUGUCUUAGAAGCUAUUACGAAUGUUUUUACAAUAGCCAACAGUACGUUGCACACUAGCAUAAUUGGGUGCAUUAAAGCGUUAAUGAAUAAUUCUACUGGGCGCUCUAUCGUUUUACAACAUCCGACAUCCAUAGACAUUAUUGCAAGAUCAUUAGCUUGCGAAAACAUCAAAACAAAAAUUGCUGCUCUAGAAAUAUUGGGAGCCGUUUGUCUUGUACAAGGAGGUCACAAAAAAGUUCUCGAUGCAUUUACAAAUUUUCAAGAAUUUGCUUUUGAAAGAACUCGAUUUCAAAGUCUCAUAAAUGAUUUGGAUCGAUCAAUUGGAUCUUAUCAUGAAACUAAUCUGAAAUUAGCAAUUAUGUCGUUGAUCAAUGCUCUGGUCAAUUACGGAGCAGGUGAAGACUAUUUGGAAUUCAGAUUACAUUUACGCUUUGAAUUUAUUAUGCUCGGAAUCGAUAAGAUAAUUGAGAAAUUGCGGAAAUAUGAAAAUGAAACACUUGAUCGACAUUUGGAUUUCUUUGACUUGGUUCGAUCGGAAGAUGAGAAAGAGCUUUCAAGGAAAUUUAGUAAUGAAUCGAUUGAUGCAGAAAGUGCCAUUGAAAUGUUUGACUUAUUAAAGAGAAAACUCAAUUACUCUGCAGCAUUUCCACACUUUUUAUCAUUAUUACAACAUAUGCUACUUUUACCAUUCUCAAAUGCAAAUACUCAUUAUUGGUUACUGUUUGAUCGAAUUGUUCAACAAAUUGUUCUACAACAACAAAAUGAGGCGAGACCGUCAAGUGAGAUUGAAAACUUUUUUGAGAAGCAUAUGCCAUCCGAAAACAGUAUUAAACCAAAAAUUUCGAAUCCUGAUGUAGCACCUUUAGAAAUAGAUGUUAGUAAAAUUGUCAAAUUGCUUGUUCGUGAAGAAGAAUUGAUAGAAGCUAGGAAGAAAGCUGAGGAAUUAGAACGUGAAAAUUUAGAAUUCGUAGCAAAACUCUCGAAAAAGGAGCAAGAAUUAGAUUUGAGAAUAGCAGAAAAAGAAGAUUUGGAGACAAAUUUGACAAGAAUGCGCGAGCGAUUAGAGAAAGAAAGCACACAUCACUCACAAGCUGUUACUAGAGCCAUAAACGCAGAAAUGAAAAUUGAAGAUUUACAGCAUAAAUUAAUAAAUGAACAGCAGGAACGAUUAAGACUUGAAAAACUUAUGUCUGAGGGAUCAUUUCCUGAUGAUCAAAAAGCAGCAGGAUUGCAAGGAAAUAAGGAUACAUCUUCGCGUGAAUCUACGGCUAAGGCUCCAGCACCCCCACCGAUUCCUAUGAAUUGUGUACCACCCCCUCCGCCUGUUUGCCCACCUAAAGGACCACCAAUGCCACCUCCAAAAAUUGAUUCACUUCCUAAGAAAAAUAUUCCACAGUCAGCACAACCACUGAAAAGUUUCAACUGGUCAAAAAUGCCUGAUAUGAAAGUAACAAACACAAUUUGGAGUGAACUGGAUGAAACAAAAUGGUAUAAUAGUAUGGACUUGGAAUCGAUUGAUAAAAUGUUUUCAGCUUAUCAAAAGAACGAGAAGAAUGGAAUGGCUGUUGAUGGAUCUAGUAUGGAAGAUUUGAGAGUGGUAGGGAAAAAUAAGACUAAGAUUCUGUCAGUAAUUGAUGGAAGACGAGCUCAGAACUGCACUAUAUUGUUGAGUAAACUGAAAAUGACUGACGAAGAAAUUUCUAGAACCAUUCUCUCAAUGGACAGCCAGGAUGAAUUACCAAUUGAUAUGGUUGAGCAACUUCUAAAGUUUACACCAUCAACUGAAGAACGAGUUCUUUUGGAUGAACAUUCAGAAGAUAUUGAUGCAUUGGCUAGGGCUGAUCGUUUUCUUUAUGAGAUUUCCAAAAUUCAUCAUUAUGAGCAAAGACUUAAAAGCCUUCACUAUAAGAAACGUUUUAAUGCAACAUUGAAUGACUUGUUUCCCCGAAUUAAUAAUAUAAUGGAAGCAUCACGUGAAGUAUCAAGAAGCCGUCGUUUGAGAAAACUUUUGGAAUUAGUUUUAGCAUUAGGAAAUUAUAUGAAUAGAGGUGCCAGAGGAAAUGCUUUUGGAUUUCGUAUUCAAUCUUUAAAUAAGCUAGCUGAUACUAAAGCAAGCACCUCAUCUAAGUCAAAGGGAACAACAUUACUUCAUUAUCUAGUUCAAAUUAUUGAAGUAAAGCACAAAGAUAUACUUUUAUUGGAAGAGGAUCUUCCUCAUAUUAAAGAAGCAGCAAAAAUCAAUUUAGGAGAAAUGGACAAAGAUAUUGGAAAUUUGAGAACUGGCUUGAAUGAAGUAUCUCGUGAAAUAGAUUUUCAUCGAAAUACAGCAACAACUUCUCCAGAAGAUAGAUUCUUAGUAGUCAUGCGUGAUUUUUAUGCACAAGCUUCUAUUCGAUUUGCUGAAAUUGAAGAUAAAUUCCAAGAUAUGAAAACGAGAUUCGAUCGAGCAGUUCGUCUGUUUGGAGAGGAUGGAUCUGUUAUUCAGCCUGAAGAGUUUUUCGGAAUUUUUGAUUCAUUCCUUGGAUCUUUUCAAGAGGCUCGAAAUGAGAAUGAGGCAUAUCGUAAAAAACUUGAGGAAGAUGAAAAAAGACUAAAGCAAGAAGCAGAGAUGAAGAAGCGCACUAUUGAGAGAAAAUCAAAAGAAGGAUUUUUGAACUCCGUAGCCAAAAACUUAGGAUUAAGACCAAAAGAGGAACCAAGCAAACAAGAAACACGAGAAUUCGAUGAUCUUAUUGAAACUUUGAGAACAGGUGAUGUCUUUCAUGGAAGUGAAAAGUACAAACGAUCCAGGAAGAAUAAAAAUGGAUCUUCACCGCCAAGAAAUCAUCGUUCCAAUGGUGAUAGCAAUUCUCGUGAAAGAAUUUUUUAAUAAAUUAUUCAUACUCAAUGUAUUUCGCUUGCUUUUAUAGAAUUCAUUAAUAAAGAAUCAUUAUUACCAUAUUUUCAU